AUUUAGCAGCUGUAUUUCCUGCUCUGCAGUUUCCAUCUGGAGCGAUGGCAGAAGUCAGAUGUUCUCUUGUCUGCGGAGUUGCUGCUCUUCUGCUGAGCUCAGCGGUUUGGGCUUUUGUGGAGGAUCUGGACGACACAUUUAAAGACACUAGAGUGAACGAUGUCUGGCUGGUGGAUUUCUAUGCACCGUGGUGCGGCUACUGCAAGAAACUAGAACCAGUCUGGCAUGAGGUGGGAGCUGAGCUAAGGAGCUCCGGCUCACCGGUGCGUGUGGGAAAGAUGGACGCCACAGCAUAUUCCGGAAUGGCAUCAGAAUUUGGAGUUCGUGGCUACCCUACAAUAAAACUAUUGAAAGGAGAUCUUGCUUACAACUACAAGGGGCCGCGGACAAAAGACGACAUCGUGGAGUUUGCCAACAGAGUCGCAGGACCGGCUGUGCGAGCUCUCCCCAGCAAGCAAAUGUUUGAGCACAUGAUGAAGCGACACGCCGUGCUUUUCGUGUAUGUCGGCGCUGACUCGCCUCUCAAAGAGAAGUACAACGAGGUCGCCACGGAGCUGAUCGUUUACACGUACUUCUUCUCUGCGUCAGAGGAAGUUUUGCCAGAGAUGAUACGUUUGCCAGAGCUUCCUGCAGUGAUGGUGUUCAAAGAUGGAGGCUUCUUUACCUACGACGAGUAUGAGGAUGGCAGUUUAUCAUCAUGGGUGAACAAGGAACGCUUUCAAGGAUACCUGCAAAUCGAUGGCUUCACUCUGUACGAGCUCGGAGAAACAGGCAAAUUGGUGGCGAUUGCAGUCAUCGACGAGAAGGACCCGACAGAAGAGAGCAGCAGAUUGAAGACCAUGAUUCAGGCGGUGGCCAGGGACUACAGAGAGCAGUUUAACAGAGACUUCCAGUUCGGACACAUGGAUGGGAACGACUACAUCAACAGCCUCAUCAUGAGCGAGGUGGCUGUUCCUUCAUUCAUCAUUCUCAACACCUCCAACGAGCAGUACUUCCUGCCCAGCGAGCCGGUCCAGACCACCGAGCAGCUGGUCCAUUUCGUCACCAGUGUUCUCAACGGCUCCGCACAGGCGUACGGCGGCGACGGAUUCAUCCAGAAGAUCAAACGUGUUGCCUUUGAUGCCAAAUCUACCGUCAUGUCGGUGUUCCGCAGCUCUCCUCUGCUGGGCUGCUUCCUCUUCGGUCUGCCGCUGGGCGUCAUAAGCCUGAUGUGCUACGGCAUCUGCACCGCCGAGACGGACGACGGCUCGGAAGACAUGGACGCGCUCAAGAGGGAGGGCCUGACCGAUGAGGAGGAGGAGUACGAGGAGGAAGAAGAGGAGCAGAGGAGACUGGCCGAGGGCGCCCAAGACCAGGACGACGUGGGAGAGAAGGAUCCUGAGGAGAAGAAAACCGAUUAACACGGGAGCUCCCGCUGGAUCCAGGACGACGGGGUUUGAGUAAGAAGCGGUGACAUGAAACUCAAAGACAUAUCGGCGUGUUUGUUUUUCAUCUCACCCCCUCUUCUGGCGCCUCCAGCUCAGACGUCCGCGUGGGAGGUCGGCUACUCGGCGGAAACAACCUCUUUAACGCCGCGGUGUAAAUAUUCAAGAGUGGAGGAGCCGCUCGCUGAUCCGACCGGCAGCUGGCGGGCUGUUGAUCCGAGGAAGGAUGUUGUGUAACCGCUUAAGCACAUUUCCGUCACUCACUUUUCCUCUCAUCCGUUAAAAUAGUCUGGACGUUUCUCACCUUCCACCCAUCACCAGAAGACUUAUUCCAAGUGCCCAAACUGGAGAAUCUGCCAUAAAUUGAACGUGCUUUUUUUGUCUUUUUGUAUUGACGGUGCAGAGAAAUGUAAAACUCACCUUUAGCAUCCCUUGAUAGUCGGAUGAUUUCUUCCAAUCCAGCGCUCACCUGCUUUUUAAGACUAUAAAUUCCCCUGACCUCGGCUUCCAUGUGGCUCCUCAGUUUGACAUCAGCUGCUGUGGUGAAUUUAUUCGCUCUGUGUUUACAUCCAGACGCGACAAAAUAUAGGCCACCCUUCCCGGCGCCGUCCUGGACGUCUGUGCCAGUUUCCAACUCUAAAAAUAGCACGAUGACUCAGCGAUCUUUAAGCCGAUGAUAUACUGUCUAUUCGUGGGUUUUGUGGGCGAAAGCCAAGUUUUCUACCAAAAUGUUAAGCCCUGAAAUUUUGCAAGGAUGAGUCUACCUUGAGGAGCCGCAAUGACCCGACAAAAUCCAUCCGCCCGAACUUAAUCCGUCAUCCCCUGCUGGCAGAGUCUGAAAAACAUUUAAAUGUCUAAUUUUAUUGAUUUCCUGAGUUAUGACGGCACAUUUCUUCAGCCCAGAAAAAUGUUUGAGCUGAAGAUUAUGUCUGGUUGACUGGUGUUCCACACUGACGCUGGCCUUCUAUGUACACUGAGCGUUUCCUUUUGCCCUUGCUCUUCUGUCGCGUCCCUGAGCCAAUGGGAGUAUAUUUGGGGCUUGUUUGCGCUUCUGUUUCCAUUUGUCGCUGUCAAACCUCAAUUUUGGCUGACGGUUUAUCGCUCGCUCUUUUCUUGAGCUUGGCUCUGUGGCUCACUUCAGUUUCGGCCUGAACUCACCAGUCGCGCUUCAGGGAGGAGGUGUUCAGGAACAGUAGGAGAUUCCAGCCCUGCAAGUGCCUCCAGUCAUUAUUCCUGAACAGCGUCUCUGGUUGGCUGGUUUUCUGACAGAGGCGUGAUGGAGUAAGAGCAAACGCUACUGUUGUGGACCACCCCACCCAAGACCAAGACGAGACUGAGACGGAUGCAUAAGUCCACUAGUCGUAUACACACAGUUAUUUAUUACUGCAAAAGAAUGGGCUCGCUCCUCAAUGACCUUCUUCUCGACUCAGUCUUGAGCCCUCAAAGUCUUGGUCUCGGGCUUUAGGUCGUCUCUGCUACAACACUAGCCAAUGGUUUCUCAUGUGCGCAGAUAGGAACCCUCAAGUUCAAGUGAAGGAGUCGCCUCCAGAGGGCAGAUGAGGACACUUGUUGACUUGUAGAGACGUUUUCAAGUGCACACACCUUCAAGUUCCCCCUCGUGUUGAAAGCCCCUCCGUACCCGUUCAUCCAUCUGUGAGUUUCCCCGUUUGAUAUCUUACCUGGCUCCUCUUUGAUUUUGAGUCAUAGCUCGCCUUGAUUUUUGAACGCACAACAGAUGACUCUGCCUUUAAAAUGCCUGAAGUAGACAAGACGUGCUAAUGCUACGUAGGAUGUUGUGUAUGUUGCAAGUUCAAAUGAUCAUUGGAUUUGAAGGAGUCCACGUGUGUCUUUGUACUCUGGGUCCGUCACUCAACUUUGCCCUUUAACUAUCUGCCCUUUGACUAACUGGCUUCCGCCUUGCGAACCCCAGACUCACAUCUUUCUCUUUGCUUUGCUGUACGAGUCAUAGCUGAGGUUUGACCCGAGACAGACCAAACGAAGCAGGUUGAGUUGCCAUCCUUAAGCAACGCUCGGCCACCGACCUGCUCUCGGACCCGAGGUCGACUUGUUUAGCUGCACACCUGUGUGUUCUUCGGUUUGUUCAUGAUGAAUUUGAAAACCCUCGACAGGUGGUCUCGAGUCUGAGCUGGCGACUCGAGACUAUUGUCUGGUGAAGGGCUUCUCUUACAGUGGUGUGUUCAAAGGCAGGUGAGCUGAAGUUGAAGUCUCUCGCCGUCUGUCGUCAUCCUCUUUCCCAAACUUCCUCUUUUGGACCUGAAUUCAAACUGUCACUCUUAAUGUUGGAAAAGGUUGAAAUAAAGAUUGUCUUCUUUCUU